AGGUGGAUAGCGGGCAAGGGGGGAAUAGGGGGUUGCAACCGACUGUUAGGAGAAGGUGACCCACAUCAUGGCCGCGGGCACAAACGAGGGGGACUUGGAAUUGGUAGACCCUGGUUUGGGCAUGGAAGAGGGCCCUGGGGCCCUCCUCAAGACGGGCUCGCUGAAAGACAGCUACCACAGCGACUCUCUCCUAGCGCCUGACGCCGACUCCUUAACAGAUGGUCGCAGCUCAGCGGCUAGCAACUUGGAUGUGGCUGACCGGCUCACCUACCUGGAGCAGAGGAUGCAGAUGCAGGAGGACGAGAUCCAGUUACUGAAGAUGACCCUAGCUGACGUUCUCAAGAGGCUCAACAUCUCAGAGGAGCACCAAGCCGCCAAUGCUACCGCAUUGGGCAGGAGGACAUCAGGCACUAAAGGGAGGCCUGUCUCAUUGGGUCUACCCCCAAGAGCACCCAUAGGGUCCUCAGGUGUUGCCAACUUGAGGAAGAGCUCCACGCUACCAUCUGGAGCUCCCUGCAGGAACUACAGUCCGACACCCCCUCGCUGUGGUGUCAAGAGCCCGGCAGGGAGUGUGAAGGACAGUCCAUGUAAGACCUCCAAAACGCGUCCGUCCUCAUCAGCGUCAUCCUGUGCAAGCACACAAGAAGGCAGAUCCAAGGAAGAACUUGUGAGCUUAGGCAUGAGGCGAGUGACGCACAGCAAAGUGACUAUGCAGAUCUAUCUGAGCCCCCUCGCAAGAAAGACUGGGUCUUCUGAGACCAUUGCAACAUCUGCCCCCGCGGUGCCAGCAGCCGGGGGCAGUGGUGGGCCAGGGGGGACCCAGCAUGCCAAAUCCGACGCAAGGAGGAAGAGCCCGUCGUCUAUGUUGAACCUUCAGAAGACUUCCACCAAUGUCACCAGUCAGCGGAACACACAACACGAUGCUAAGAGCCACAAAAGCCCCAUCAAGUCCUCCAGCCAGUACUUUCAGAUUUGUUACUGA